ACAAUGCACCCGCCGUCCCGGUUGGGUGCCUGGUGCGGCUGGGAGCCGCAGCACCGGGCGAGGUGGGCGCACCGGGGGUGGGGGCUCCCCACCUUCAUCUAUGGGGCUGAGGAAACACCUUUCGUGAGCAGGGCUGCAGAUCGGAACGAGUGGUGCCCGCUUUUCUGCCUUUUGUCACCUCCCUCCCCUCCAUGCAGAGAUGGAGUUUGACUCGUACCAACACUACUUCUACGACCACGACGCCCAGGAGGAUUUCCACCGCUCCACGGCACCUAGCGAGGACAUCUGGAAGAAGUUCGAGCUGGUCCCCACGCCCCCGCUGUCCCCCCUGGGUGCCCCCGGGGAGAAAGGCGGCUGUUCGGGGGCGGACGAGCGCUCCGGCUGCUUCUCCCGCUACUGCCUGGCCGGGGAAGAGCCGGAGUAUCUCAUAGGGACGGGGGAGAUCUUCGGGAACCUGAGCGCUUUCAUCCUUAAGGAUUGCAUGUGGAGCGGGUUCUCAGCCCGGGAGAGACUGGAGAAGGCGAUGACAGAGAAACUUUCCACGGGAACGCAGAGGGCCACCCCCCACAAACCCUCUUUCGGCCAGGAUUUUGGGUUCAGCAGCUCGGUGAGCGAGUGCGUGGAUCCCGCUGCCGUCUUCCUUUGCCCGCUGGCCGAGAGCAAGAUCCCCGCAUCCUCGGGAUCCGAGGGCCAAAGCGAUUCUGAAGGUGAAGAGAUCGACGUUGUGACCGUGGAGAAGCGACAAUCGCUCAGCCUGAGGAAGCCGGUCACCAUCACACUGCGCGCCGACCCUUUGGACCCCUGCAUGAAACGCUUCCACAUCUCGGUCCACCAGCAGCAGCACAACUACGCCGCCCGCUCGCCGCCGGACGCCUGUCCCCCGCCAGAGCCGCCCCAGCAGGACGAGGACAAGCCACCGAGCGCUGCAGAGCUGGCCCCUGCCAUCACGCUGCCUGAGCCCGGCUUACCCAAAGCUGGCAGCGGCCCCGGCUCCGACAGCGAGGACGUGGCCAAGAGGAAAAACCACAAUUUCCUGGAGCGCAAGCGGCGCAACGAUCUGCGUUCGCGCUUCCUGGCCCUGCGGGACCAGGUGCCCGGGCUCGCCAGCUGCCCCAAGACACCCAAGGUGGUGAUUCUGAGCAAAUCCUCCGAGUACCUGCAGUCCCUCAUCAGUGCUGAGAGGAGGAUGGCGGCCGAGAAGCGGCAGCUGCGGCUGCAGCAGACUCAGCUGCUCAAACGGAUUGCUCACCUCAAGGGGCACUAGCACCCAAUGUCCCCCCCACCCUGGUCCCCACACCCCCCUGCUGUGUCCCUCUCAAUUUGCACAUUUUAAUUUUUGUUGGUUUUGGUUGGUUAUUGAACUGUUGGCCCCGGGGGGCUGGAGUACAUGGUGGUCGCUGCACGUGGGGUGGUUGUGGUGCCGCUCCCGGCUGUGGGACCCCCUCACUGUGGCAUCACCUGCCUGGGGCCGGUGUCUUGGCACCGGCUGUUGCAAGAUUUGCCCUGCCCAGCUUUCUCAAGUGACUGCUUUGAUUUGUGGGCUAACAGCGAUCCCCUGCUCGGCUGGACCGUACCUUACUUUCUUACCACUUCACAUAGUAGCUUGUCUUGGAUUUUUCUGUUCUAGAAACUGCUGCUGUAACUACGAGUCUUAUACUGGAGGCUGUGUUUUUAUACUGUAUUUUUGUACCACUUUUGGAGAAGUAUUGGUAAAGAGUUUGCUUUUUAUAUAUAUAUAUAUAUAUAUAUAAACUUUUGUUUUGGAGGGGGGUUGCUGCUGUGGGGGCGGGCUCAGUCCUGCUGCACUUUAGGGAGAUCAGGAAGGGGCUGGUUCCUGCUGGACCCUUGAGCUGAGUCCUCACUGAGGCCAGUUCCCCCCUUGUAGCUCUCCAAACCACCCAUUUGCAAUAACAGGGGAUGUUGUUUUUCCCCUUUCCCAUCCCUGUGACCCCCUUUCCCACCUUUGCGAGCACCCCCUCACCAGCAGCCACAUGAAAUCCCCAGCAAAGCUUUGACCUUUGUAGGAAGCUGGGCUGGAAGGGGCAGGUUGGGAGCAGGGGGGGCUGUGCUGCAUUUGAGGCUUCUCCCUGCCUGUGCUGUCCUGCUGGCCAAGCCGUGCUGGGGUACAGGGGUGACAGAGUCCCCUGUCCCCUCCCGGGGGUGCUGGCAGGGGUGGCCCCAUGGGACAGCACCCUUGGGUCCCCACUGACCUGCUGAGAACCGUUAGAAUUAACACUGUGGUUGGAUUUAGCACUUUCUUCGUUACCUCACACUUCAUAAAUAAAUAAGUUUGCAACA